AUGCCUCCUCGCAAACGAUUUUCGAUGAUGAAGCGGGCGGAUCGAAUGCCGAAAACUGAAGAGGAGGUGCCGAUAGCGACGAAGAAGAAGGAGAAAUCGAAACACGUCGAUGUGAAGAUGUACGUCGACGCCGCCGUUGAUACCGAUGAGAUUCCCGAAGUUGGUGCCGCUGUGCGAUUUGUGAUAUCGAUGCGAUUCUUUUCGGCGGUUUGGGGAAUUAUUGGCGAUUGCGACGAGGUCUACAAUUAUUGGGAGCCGCUUCAUAUGUUCAUGUAUGGAAAAGGAUUCCAAACCUGGGAGUACUCGCCGGUUUACGCGAUACGCUCGUACUUCUACAUUCUCAUCCAUUAUCUCGCCGCUUAUCCGAUAUUUUCGAUAUUCGCCGAAUAUAAAAUGCUAUUGUUUUAUGCGAUUCGAAGUCUUCUUGGAAUCUUCUGCCUCUGCGGCGAACUUUAUUUGUAUCGAGCAAUUGGGAGAAAAAUCAACAACAAUUCGGCGCAAAACUUUUUCAUCUUGUCCACAUUUUCGGCGGGAAUGUUUGUUGCCGGCACGUCUUUCUUGCCAUCAUCGUUCGCAAUGACUCUCAAUUUUUACUUCAUCGGAGCGUAUUUGAACGAGCAAUGGUUUAUCGCAAUUUUGUGCACGGUUCUCUCGGCGUUCGUUGGUUGGCCGUUUGCGGCGGUUCUCGGACUACCGAUUGUUGUGGAUUUCUUCCUUAUUAGGCGCCAAUACAUUUCAUUCAUAUUCAAAUCGAUUGCGUGCGCCACCGUUGUCGGAUACGCCAUGUUGACAGUGGAUUCGCACUAUUUCGGGAAAUAUGUCUUUGCGCCGCUCAACAUUAUGAUCUACAAUGUUCUUUCCGGUCCGGGACCGGAAUUGUACGGAAUUGAGCCGAUGUCGUAUUAUUUCAAGAAUCUCAUGCUCAACAUGAAUGUUGCUUAUGUGUUCGCCGUGCUCUCACUACCAUUGUCGAUGUAUACGUAUAUGCUGUUCAUUCCUUUAAAGGGACAACCCAUGAGAUUUGGCAUUCCACAUAAUUUCGACUAUUGGAGACGAUAUGCGCCAUUCUUUUUGAUUUUCUUCACCGCCCUCACGUGGACGGCGAUCUUCUUCACUCAGCCGCACAAGGAAGAGCGAUUCAUAUUCCCGAUUUACCCGCAUAUCCUGUUUUGCGCUGCGGUUGGUCUCGACGCGGCCGCUAGGUUGAUUUUCAAAUUUUUCGAAAACUAUGAUUUCUAUUUCUUUUUCUUCAUUAUCGGCUAUAUUGCGUUGAACGCCUCGCGAGCGUUCGCCUUGUCGAAACACUAUGGAGCUCACAUUGACAUAUAUCGUGCGCUACCUGAGACAAUAAUGGCGGAUGAGUCGAAUUUCAAGAUAAUGCAUGAUCCGGUUCGGAUAUGCCUUGGAAAAGAAUGGCAUCGAUUUCCGUCCAACUUUUUCAUUCCCAAUGAAGUUUAUGAUGUUAAAGGAAAACCGAGAGGCGUCGAAGUUCAAUUCAUUCGAAGCGAAUUCCGCGGCAUUUUGCCGAAACAUUAUUAUAAUGGCUCGACGACGGUUGAGAUCACGAUGCACGUGCCGGACGCGAUGAACGAUAGGAAUCGCGAAGAGCCGUCGCGUUAUGUCGAUUUGGAAUCGUGCGAUUUUUUGAUCGAUGUCGACAUGCCCGGAACGCCGUAUGAGCCGAAUUUUCGUGAAAUGCCACAAUGGAAAGCGAUGCAUGAGCUGCCAUUUUUGGUCAACCGAGAAUCCCAUCCAAUAUUCCGCGCCUUCAAUAUUCCAUACAUUGGCGAUCGAUUCACAUAUUGGACGAAUUACACAAUUUAUCGUCGAAUCUACUAG